UAUUAAAUGAAGUCAUAUUUUGAAACUAUAGCUGUACUGUUUUGUACACUGGUUUCCCAAAGUCUUAUCUACGCUGCUGGAUCGUGCGAACACUAUGAAACUAUUAUCAACUUAGUGCAGGAGUGUCGUCGGCAGGAAGGACCGUUGCGUAUUUUGAAAGAGCUGUCGGUUGGGGGAUAUGCAGAAUAUAUGGAUGGACUAACACGGAGUGAACUUCUUGAAGAUAUUCAAGCCUUUUGUAGAAACGUAAUUCCGAAGUACAAGGAAUGUAUUCAUAGGUCUAACGUGAUACAUACGUGAGGAAAUUCUGAAGAUGUAUCUCGGAUGACAACUGACUGGCUAUCAAUUUAUUGCACUGGAGAAAAUGUCGCUGACUGGCUGGCAGAGUAUGUAGCAUAUGGUUUCAAAUACAAACACGCAUGCUCAAUAAAUAACAUGAGUUUGAAGUGCUAUUUUAAUCAAGUCUUUAAAGGAAAUGGCACACAUCGACUGAAUGAUGAAACUAUUAUUGAGUAUAACUCAUGGGCGAAAAGAUUGACGACCGAUUGGUUCGCUUGUACCAAAGAUGAGAUGCCUCGGUUACAGCGUUUGUUUCCACAAUGUACGUCACCAUGGCAAGACGUCCUCCUUACUGACUGGCUAUAUAACUCAGUCUAUUAUAAACCCGGUUUGUGGCUGUAUCCGGAACAGAUGUCUCAACUCUUGGCAUUGAAGGAAGAAGCAGUCAACAGAACACAGUCUUUUGAAUACUAUUCUGAUUUCUAAGUGAAUAAAAUAUCAAGGAACAAUUUAUUAAUAUCUAAUUCAUUACAUUAACGGAGACAUUGUUAUCAGUCGAGUGAUA